CCCCUCCUCCCCUCCUCCGAGGGGGGGCGCCCCGCGCGGCCAGCCAUGUCGUCCAUCCUGCCCUUCACCCCGCCGAUCGUGAAGCGCCUGCUGGGCUGGAAGAAGGGCGAGCAGAACGGGCAGGAGGAGAAAUGGUGCGAGAAGGCGGUGAAGAGCUUGGUGAAGAAGCUCAAGAAGACCGGGCAGCUGGACGAGCUGGAGAAGGCCAUCACCACGCAGAACGUCAACACCAAGUGCAUCACCAUCCCCAGGUCCCUGGACGGCCGGCUGCAGGUGUCUCAUCGGAAAGGACUUCCCCAUGUCAUCUACUGCCGUCUGUGGCGGUGGCCGGACCUGCACAGCCACCAUGAGCUGCGGGCCAUGGAGCUGUGUGAGUUUGCCUUCAAUAUGAAGAAAGACGAGGUGUGCGUGAACCCUUACCACUACCAGAGAGUGGAGACGCCAGUUCUACCUCCUGUGUUAGUGCCACGACACACAGAGAUUCCGGCCGAGUUUCCCCCAUUGGAUGACUACAGCCAUUCCAUCCCUGAGAACACCAACUUCCCUGCUGGCAUCGAGCCCCAGAGCAAUAUUCCAGAGACCCCACCCCCUGGCUACCUGAGUGAAGAUGGAGAAACCAGUGACCACCAGAUGAACCACAGUAUGGAUGCAGGUUCUCCAAACCUAUCCCCGAAUCCGAUGUCCCCAGCACACAAUAACUUGGACUUGCAGCCAGUCACCUACUGUGAGCCGGCCUUCUGGUGCUCCAUCUCCUAUUAUGAGCUGAACCAGCGUGUCGGGGAGACAUUCCACGCCUCGCAGCCGUCAAUGACAGUGGACGGCUUCACCGACCCCUCCAACUCAGAGCGCUUCUGCCUGGGUCUGCUGUCCAACGUCAACAGGAACGCCGCGGUCGAACUCACACGGAGGCACAUUGGGAGAGGCGUCCGGCUCUACUACAUUGGAGGGGAGGUGUUUGCUGAGUGCCUCAGUGACAGUGCCAUCUUCGUCCAGUCUCCCAACUGUAACCAGCGCUACGGCUGGCACCCAGCCACUGUCUGCAAGAUCCCCCCAGGAUGCAACCUGAAGAUCUUUAAUAAUCAGGAGUUUGCUGCCCUGCUGGCUCAGUCCGUCAACCAGGGCUUUGAGGCUGUAUACCAGCUGACGCGAAUGUGUACCAUCCGCAUGAGCUUCGUCAAAGGCUGGGGAGCAGAGUACAGGAGACAGACAGUGACCAGCACUCCCUGCUGGAUUGAGCUACACCUGAAUGGGCCUUUGCAGUGGCUUGAUAAGGUCCUUACCCAGAUGGGAUCCCCCAGCAUCCGCUGUUCGAGUGUGUCUUAGAGACCCCUGGAUGUGAAGGGGAGGGAGAAAGGGCAGGCAUGGGGGAAAACCGCCAUGGAAGAGAUGGAGAAAUUCAGCACCCGUUCAACUUAUUCUCAUCAAGGAAGAAAAUUCUCUCUCUCAACUAAGGUGGCACAGGCCUGUUCUCUAAAACACAGAAGCAAACCCAGAAAUGGGCUUUCAUGGACAGCUAUGUGUGCUGAAUACAUGUGCCCUACACUCUGGUUUUGUAGGGCAAGAAAUGGCUUCUGCUGACUUGAGCCAACAGGUAGCAGUUUCUCCACUGCCCCUCCCCCAGCCUUCUCUUUUAAUGACAGUCGUGUGGGAUGUCACCAUGUCACCAGCUACCAAGCCCUGUCCUGGAUUGCAUGUAGAAUUCAACCUUGGAGAGUUGUCCUAAACUCUUUGGCACUUCUGACAAAUGUCUUCUCCACUAAGCAGGCGUGGUGCGGCCCUCCCUACCCUUGGCAGUGUUGUGCACCUGGUGAACAUGGUGGUUUGGGUAAAGGAGGACUUGUCUGGCUCUCUCCCCUCAGAACAGCACAGCAAAUGUGUUCAGCACAGCAAGUGUGUUCAGCAGUGUGUGCAACCGUGGUAAAAGUUGGUGACAGCCAUCUCUCUUCUCAAAAUGCCCUUUUCCUUUCUCGGUUGGCUUAGUGUCUAGGGUCCUAGGUUCACAUUAAUCUCAAGAUUUGGAGGAUGGUAACAGUUCACACAAAGUGUGGGCCGUGGUGGCGGGAGCCAUGGGCCAGAGGCAGCAACCACCGAGGGCAUCUUGGACGGUCUUCAAGCUCACACCGUAUUCUCAUGUAUGUGGCUCUGGCGAGUUUCUGUAGCCAGCUGCCUUCAUUAAAUCAACUGUAUCAUAUGCUGUUUUUUAAGUGUUUAUAUUAUAAACAAAAUAGGCACCCCUCAGCACCUUGACUGGGGAAAUUAAGAGUCAGAUCAGUAACUCUUGUCUUCCCAAGGUGAGGCAUUUCCAGGUUCUGAAGAGAGACAGUUGGCAGCACUUUGGGAAACUGAAAUUUUAUUUUUUUAAUUCUAAUUUUAUUUCUGUGCUAGUACUGGGUCUGGGCACUGUCCUUU